CACUCACUCACUCACAACAGGUACAGCUUCCACUUGUCGUUCAAGACCUGUUAUCGCUUACACAUAUUUCCGCCAAUCAAUAAGAGAUCUGCAUAUUCGAGGCUCUGAAUUUUGAAUUAGUCUACUGUUGAAACAGCGAAAUCCACCACAAUGCUGUGGUUGGCAUCUUCACGACCACUUCGACGGUCUGUUGCAAGACCACUGAGCAUUGCAACAUACAGUACACAACGCGGCAAUCCAUUACGAAUCUUGUUUUGUGGCUCAGAUGAGUUCAGUUGUCACUCGCUGAAAGCUCUUCACAAGAAGCACAAAGAUGAUCCAAGUCUUAUCGAGUCUAUCGAUGUGCUGGUUCGGCCAUCGAAGCCCACCGGGAGAGGAUUGAAGCAAGUGACUGAAGUCCCAAUAGCAUCAGUAGCCAGGGAACUUGGUCUUCCUCUAUCAACGUUACCACACGACACUUUCACAAAUUGGUUUAUGAAGAAAUACAUAAACCUCAUCAUCGCUGUCUCAUUCGGCCGUUUUGUCCCACCACGGCUCCUAAAUCAAGCAGAAUACGGCGGCCUUAACGUCCACCCUUCCCUCUUACCCGACCUCCGCGGUCCUGCUCCCCUCCACUACGCCCUCCUAAACCGCUACACCCACACCGGCGUCUCCAUCCAGACCCUCUCCCCCCACUCCUUCGACACCGGCACCGUCCUAUCCCAAACCCCCCUCCCGGGUAUCCCCAUCCCGCCCAACUCAACCCUUACCUCCCUCACCUCACUCCUCGCCCCCCUCGGCGCCUCCAUGCUCGUCUCCUCCCUCUCAUCCGGUUUCCACCUCCCACCCCACAAAGACGUCUCCUGGCAACCCCCCUAUCCCAUCCGACACGCCCCCAAAGUCCGCACGGUAGCCAGACAAAUUCCCUGGCUCACCCCCUCCAUCUCAACCCUCUCUACCAACCUCCCCUCCUCCGCCCCCCAUCUAGAAGACAUCGCCCACCAACACCACAUCCUCGGCCCCUUAUGGUCCAAACUCGUCGUCCGCACCCCAAAAAAAGAACAGAAUAAACGCGUCGUCUGCGACGACAUCUCCUACAUCCUCGACCUCACCUCCUCCGACCUCCCACCCGCCGUCGCAAACGAGGUGGCCUCCGCGCUGGAAAGGUGCAAAGAAGACCCAUGGGCGGAGGAGCAAGUCCCUGUUCUGGAGUGGCUUCAGAUCGGGGACGACGAGCAGCAAGUGCCGGAGUGGUACCCCCCGCAGCCAGAGUCGUUGGAGAUGUUUGAGCGGGUUGUUGCGCUGGAGAGGGGAGAAAUAUCAUCCGUUGAUGCUGCUGCGGGAGUAGAAGGGGGUCAACAACAACCCAAAAGGAAAAAGGAGUGGCGUCUGUCUAUCCAGACGGCGUAUUUUCCCGAUUCGGAGACAGGAUCGAUCUAUCUUCGUGAUCCUAUUCGUGGCGGGAAGGGGUUGUUAAGGAUAGGGAAAAUGACAGUGGAUGGGAAGCCAACGAGACCAGCUGCGAAUGUGGCUGCGCAGUUGGGACGAACGGUGACGGACUACAGAGGCAUGCACUUUGAUGAGGAGCCGAUUGGCAAGGCGUUGCAGCCUGCUACAAGACGACCGGAAGAGGAUGCUGAGGUGGAUGAAGAGACCAAGAGAAGGAGGAACAGAGCGAUGGUGAGGAGGAUAUACAGUUACUGAUUUCUGUUCCCUGUAUUUAUCAUUUGAACCAAUAAAACGACAAUGAGCUACGUGCAAAACAAUCUGGGUUUAUCUUUUCUCAAAACGACUACGUCAUCAUAUCAGGCACCAGGAGUCAGAAAACAAAUCUCAAAGACUUAGAAAUCAAUUGAAUAAAUAAAUACUAGUACAG